CAAUUCCUGGAAACUGAUAUACAUCCUGCACCCCCAGGAUGACAUAGCCUCCCUGGGUGACGCUAUUGAAAAUCGACACCCCAAUGAAGGCAUUCGAGAUUUUCAACAUCGCUGCCCUAGCGAGGCUAGCUCUCGCUUCAACACAGCAACCACUCUUCGACCCUCCCCCCCACGAUGCAAUUGUCAACUCUAAUAGCGAGUUAGAACUCGACCGAAUCAUCACCUCCUCGCCUCUACUCAGCUUCCAUCGUGACAUCGUGACCAUCGAGUCCAUCUCGGAAAAUGAGCAAGAAGUCGGCGAUUUUAUCAUCGACUUCCUCCUCUCCUACAACCUCACCGUCGAGAAGCAAGUCGUGACCCCCAAGUCCACCACCACCAAGGAGCGCUUCAACAUCUACGCCUACGCAGGAGACAAUCGCUUCCCCGAGAUCCUAUUAACAAGUCACAUCGACACCGUCCCCCCGUUCAUCCCUUACUCGCUUCACCCCCCAGCCCCGAACCCGCAUACGGGAAAAUUCAACCGAAAGGACCUCCUCAUCGCCGGCCGGGGCACCGUAGACGCAAAAGCCAGCGUCGCAGCCCUAAUCUUCGCCGUCCUCGACACGCUGGCCACGGACCCGAGGGCCUCUGUAGGUAUUUUACUGGAUGUCGGCGAGGAGAAGUCCGGCGUGGGGAUGAAGCAUUUCUCCGCCUCGGAGCUCAAUCCCGCACCGUCGAACUUCCACACCGUCAUCUUCGGUGAGCCGACGAAUGGCGACCUGGUGAAGGGCCACAAGGGCACCCUGGGGUUCAACGUCGUCGCGCGCGGGAAGCCCGCGCACUCCAGUUAUCCCUGGCUCGGGGAGAGUGCUAUCCUCUCCAUCUUGCCUGUUCUCGGACACAUCAACUCCUUGCAGUUUAUUCCCCCGGAGGAAGGGGGGUUACUGUGGGGUGAGGUUCUGGGUAACUCGACUUUGAAUAUCGGGACCAUCAGCGGUGGCGAGGCGGCUAAUGUUGUCCCGGCGCAUGCUGAGGCCACGGUCUCGGUGCGGUUGGCGGCGGGGAGUCCGGAGGAGACUCGGCGGAUUAUUCAGGCGGCUGUGAAUGAGUUCACGGGCGGGGAUGGGAGGGUGUUUCUGGACUUUGGAAUUGGGGGUGGAAAUAGGACGGUCGGGGCACCACCGCAGUUCUUCGAGACGGAUGUCGAGGGGUUCGAGGUCAUUGCGGUGAAUUAUGGGACGGAUGCGUUCUCGUUGGAGAGUCAUGAUCGUGCAGAUGCGCGGAAGGUGAAGCGGUAUUUGUAUGGGCCGGGGCGGUUCGAGGUCACGCAUGGGGAGAAGGAGGCGAUCACCGUGCGGGAGCUGGAGGAUGCGGUCGAGGGGUAUAAGAGGUUGAUUGCUGCUUCGUUGUGAUUUUCGUGGAGAAGAA